AUGGUCCAAACACCAACUAAUUUUACUGUCCUUACAAGUUAUGCAGGAGUUGAAAGUGCACUCUAUGAUUGUGAUGCAACUGACACAGUAGUGUUCUAUUUUACAGAGCCAGUUUGUCCUGCAUGUGAUACCAUCUACCCAACUUUGUGUGGAUGGGUGGCAACCUAUCCUACCGUCAAAUUCUAUCAGAUAAAGACUGAAACAGCAGCCUCUACAUUUGAAUGUACUAUGAGUUGGGGUAUGUUCAAUUAA